UUAGUGUGGUGGAAGCCGCCCUUGCGCGCAGCGUCAGCGCAUCCUGAGGGAUGCUGAGGCAGGAAGCCACGUCCGUCUCCAGUUCGCCUUCGGGGAGGGAGGCCCAGCGUGGGCCCUGGGCCUCCGCGUCCCGGCCCAGCACGGAGGGCGUCGCUGCAGACAGGAGCAGCAGCAGCAGCCUCGCGCGGCCCACACCAGGCAAGGCGCCUGUGACAGUCCAUGGUUCAUCAUUUGAAAAAAAGAGAUCUUAUGCCACACACAAAGUUGCAUCCAACUUUCCUGUUGGUACAAGCUCGUCUUCUGCUGGAAAUUUCAGUUAUCCACAAAUAUUUAGAACUCCGUUAUCUGCUGGAAAUCCCCAGAGAUCAGGUUGUAAAAGCAGGACACCACAAAUAGGAUAUUCAGCCACCUCCUCAGCAGUGUCUGCACAUGCCCCCUCGGUCAUUGUGGCAGUGGUGGAAGGAAGAGGGCUGGCCAGAGGUGAGAUAGGAAUGGCAAGCAUCGAUUUAAAAAGCCCUCAGAUUAUGCUGUCACAGUUUGCAGACAACACCACAUAUGCAAAGGUGAUCACUAAACUCAAAGUUUUAUCACCUUUGGAGAUAAUAAUGUCAAAUACUGCUUGUGUUGUGGGAAAUUCAACGAAGUUGUUUACUCUGAUCACAGAAAAUUUCAAGAACGUUAAUUUCACUACAGUCCAGAGGAAAUACUUCAAUGAAACAAAGGGCUUAGAGUACAUUGAACAGCUAUGCACAGCCGAGUUCAGCUCUGUCCUGAUGGAGGUUCAGUCCAGGUAUUACUGCCUUGCAGCUGCUGCAGCCUUGUUAAAAUAUGUCGAAUUCAUUCAAAAUUCAGUCUAUGCACCAAAAUCGCUGAAGAUUUAUUUCCAAGGUAGUGAGCAGACAGCCAUGAUAGAUUUGUCAUCAGCCCAAAACCUCGAAUUGUUAGUUAAUAACCAGGACUACAGGAAUAAUCACACUCUCUUUGGAGUUUUAAAUUACACCAAGACUGCGGGAGGGAGCAGAAGGCUGCGCUCCAACAUCCUGGAGCCGCUGGUUGAUGUGGAGACCAUCAACAUGAGGCUGGACUGUGUCCAGGAGCUGCUUCAGGAUGAGGAGCUGUUCUUUGGACUCCAGUCAGUCAUAGCAAGAUUCCUGGAUACGGAGCAGCUGCUUUCUGUUUUAGUUCAAAUCCCGAAGCAAGACACGGUUAAUGCAGCUGAAUCAAAGAUAACAAAUUUGAUCUACCUGAAGCAUACUUUGGAACUUGUGGAUCCUUUAAAGGUCACCUUGAAGAACUGUAGCACACCCUUAUUAAGAGCUUACUAUGGCUCCUUGGAAGACAAUAGGUUUGCACUAAUACUUGAGAAAAUUAAAACAGUGAUAAAUGAUGAUGCAAGAUACAUGAAAGGUUGCUUGAACAUGCGGACUCAGAAGUGCUAUGCAGUGCGCUCAAACAUCAGUGAGUUCCUAGACAUAGCUCGGAGGACAUACACAGAGAUAGUGGAUGACAUAGCAGGAAUGAUAUCACAGCUUGCAGAGAAGUACAGCCUUCCCUUACGGACCAGCUUCAGCUCUGCACGCGGCUUUUUCAUCCAGAUGACUACAGACUGUGCCGGGCUCUCUGCUGAGCAGCUUCCCUCAGAGUUUAUUAAGAUUGCUAAAGUGAAAAAUUCAUACAGCUUUACAUCGGCAGAUUUAAUUAAAAUGAAUGAAAGAUGUCAAGAGUCUUUGCGAGAAAUCUACCACAUGACCUACAUGAUAGUGUGCAAGCUCCUUAGUGAGAUUUAUGAGUACAUUCAUUGCUUGUACAAGCUCUCUGACACAGUGUCGAUGCUGGAUAUGCUGCUGUCUUUCGCCCAUGCCUGUACCCUUUCUGACUAUGUUCGACCAGAGUUUACUGACACUUUAGCAAUCAAACAAGGAUGGCAUCCCAUUCUUGAAAAAAUCUCUGCAGAGAAACCUGUUGCAAACAAUACAUAUAUUACAGAAGGGAGUAAUGUUCUGAUCGUAACUGGACCGAAUAUGAGUGGGAAAUCCACGUAUUUAAAGCAGAUUGCACUCUGUCAGAUCAUGGCACAGAUCGGCUCCUACGUUCCAGCAGAAUACGCUUCCUUUAGGAUUGCUGAGCAGAUUUUUACAAGAAUCAGUACUGAUGAUGAUAUUGAAACAAACUCGUCAACAUUUAUGAAAGAAAUGAAAGAGGUAGCUUAUAUCCUGCAUAAUGCUAAUGACAGGUCACUCAUAUUAAUUGAUGAGCUUGGCAGAGGCACUAAUACAGAAGAAGGCAUUGGGAUUUCUUAUGCUGUCUGUGAGCACCUGCUGGGCAUAAAGGCAUUUACACUCUUCACUACCCAUUUCCUGGAACUGUGCCAUAUAGAUGCCCUAUAUCUUAAUGUAGAAAACAUGCAUUUUGAAGUUCAGCAUGUGAAGAACACAUCAAGAAACAAAGAUGCAAUUUUGUAUACUUACAAACUUUCCCGGGGACUCACAGAAGAAAAAAACUACGGAUUAAAAGCUGCAGAGGCCUCCUCUCUUCCACCAUCAAUUGUCUUGGAUGCCAGAGAGAUCACAACACAAAUUACACAGCAAAUCUCGCAAAAUCAGAGGAGCUCCCCUGAGAUGGACAGGCAGAGAGCUGUGUACCAUCUUGCCACACGACUCGUGCAGGCCGCUCGGAACUCUCAGUUGGAGCCAGACAGGUUACGGACGUACCUGAGUAAUCUUAAGAAGAAGUAUGAAGAGGACUUUCCCGGGGAGGUGGACCUCCCAGAGAAGACUGAAGAAUAAUCAGCUUACCACUGACACAGUGACUGCGUCACAGCUGCUUAGUGUUCUAGUUUAAUGAAAACUACAGUACAUUAACCUCAGAAUUUUCACAUAUGAAUUCUAGAUGGAAAAUAUUCAUUAGAAUAGCUUUAAAGGGUGCUAGAGAGGUGGCUCUGAGGUUAAGAGCACUGGCUGCUCUUCCAAAGGUCCUGAAUUCAAUUCCCAGCAACCACAUGGUGGCUCACAACCAUCUAUAAUGAGAUCUGGUGCCCUCUUCUGGCCUGUAGGCAUACUUGCAGGCAGAACACUAUAUACAUGAAAAAUUAAGUAAAUUUAAAAAAUAGCUGUAAAAAUGACAACUCUUUAAAGAAAAGUUUUUGUUAGAAAAAUCAUACAGUAGUUUUCAUUUAUGAAGUCAUGUUAAAUUUGGACUGCCCUAUAUAAAGAGUAUGGUUACAAGUGAUAGUUCAGAAUAUUAACACAUGUUUUAGCUUUAAAAACAAAUAAUAAAAAAAAAUAUGUCUGAAAAGCUGCUUCAAGCAUUUACAUUUGAUCUGAACUGGCUAUCUCCAAACUCUAACAUUAACUGAUUCUGAAGUUCAUGAGAAUGAUGCUGGGAAUUAACGCAAGUCUGUGGCAGUCAGUACAGUCCUAAAGGUGACAACACACACUUGAUAAUGCAGCGAGGAACAAUGGCCGUGAGUCAGCAGCAGCCCUGCUCCCUGUGCUCGGGGGGUCUGGCAUUCUCCUUGCUGGCUCUUUCCGAAUUUCAUUUCGGCCACCCUUAUUAUAUAAAAGCAACAGGAAGACAAUACACGCUUGCCUCCCGUGUGUAUCCUAGGGAGCAUUUUUCUUUUGUUUAAAUUUCAGGCCAGCAAGAUGAUCCAUUAGGCAAAGGCACUUGCUACCGACCUGACAACCUGAGUUCAGUUCCUGAAAUCCAUAUGCUAAGAUGAGAGAAUCGAUUCACACAAGUUGUCUCUAACCUCCACAUACACACCAUGGUUUACAUGUGUAUGUGCAUACACAUACAAAAUACGAAGAAUUAAUUACUGGAGAUUAUUUUUACUAUCUACUGUAAUGUACAUUCUUUGUGACUACACACUGAGGAAAUGAGAAAUAUGUAUACAGUUAAAUGAAAGCCUUUAAUAUAACAGUCUCCACAGGCAUGUGACUUUCACUGUAAUAUCAGUUUAUGAAAAGGUCAUUGUUGUUUCAUAAAAGAGCAAAAGAAAACACUACCUGUUACUUGUUAAUUGGAAAGGGCCCUUCUCUUCUUAGAUACGUCAUUUUACAGUUAUGUCUCAGUGGGUGACCUAUGCAUAAAGUUGUAGCUCAAAGGCCUACCCUAUAGGUUUUUGUUUUCUUUUGCUUUUUGCAAUUUUAAUUUUUAUUCAUUUUACAAACCAGUCUCCCCCUCUUCUCCCCAUCCCACCUUCCCUCUCUGUUUUUCCAUCCUCCCUCCCCACCCCUAUGCAUCCACCCCAGGAUAUCAAGUCCCAUCUGAACUGAGCACAUCCUCUCCCCUUGGCCUGCUACCCCUGCAAGGGGGGAGUGACCAAAGAACAGGCAACGGAGUCCAUGUCAGAGUCAGCCCCUAUUUCCCUAACUAGAGGACCAACACAAGGACAGAGCUGCCUGUCAGCUACAUCUAGGUCUCAUCCAUGCAUGGUCAUUGGUUGGUGCUUCAGUUUCCACAGCCCCAUUCCCCAGGCCAUGAUUAGUUGGCCUGUUGCUUUUGUGGAGCUCCUGUGCCCUCUGGGUCCUUCUAUCCUUACCCUGACUCUUCUACAAGACUCCCUUGUACUCCACUCAAUGUUUGGCUGUGAGUCUCUGCAUCUGGUGCAGCCACUCAGAGGACAGCUGUGAUAGGCUCCCAUCUGCAAGCAUAGCAGAAAUUAUUAAUCAUGUCAGGGGUUGGCUGUCUCCCAUGGGUAGAGUCUCAGGUUGGGCCAAGCAUUGGUUAGCACAGGAGACAACUUCCUAAACAGAACACCAACAGCUCAGGCUCUAAGAUCAACAGUCGAUAAAUGGGACCUCAUGAAAUUAAAAACCUGUAAAGCGAAGGACACUGUCAAUAGAACAAAAUGGCAGCCUAUAGAUUGAGAAAAGAUCUUCACCAACCCUAUACCUGACAGAGGGCUAAUAUCCAAAAUAUAUAAUGAACUCAAGAAAUUAGACACCAACAAACCAAAUAAUCCAAUUAAAAAUUGGGGUACAGAGCUAAAUAGAAUUAUCAACAGAAGAAUAUCGAAAGCCUGAGAAGCACUUAAAGAAAUGCUCAGUGUUCUUAGUCAUCAGGGGAAUGUAAAUCAAAAUGACUCAGGUUCCAUCUUAUACCUAUCAGAAUGACUAAGAUCAAAAACUCAAGUGAAAACACAUGCAAGGAUGUAUAGCAACAGGAACCCUCCUCCAUUGUUGAUGGGAGUGCAAACUUGUGCAACCACUCUGGAAAUCAAUCUAGCACAAUCUCAGAAAAUUUGGAAUAGCUCCACCUCAAGACCUAGCUGUACCACUCCUGGACAUAUACCCAAAAGAUGCUCCACAAUACAACAAGAACACUUGCUCAGCUAUGUUCAUAGCAUCUUUAUUCAUAAUAGCCAGAAUCUGGAAACAACCUAGAUGUCCCUCAACCAAAGAAUGGAUAAAGAAAUUCUGGGAUAUUUAUACAAUGGAAUACUACUCAGCUAUUAAAAACAAGCUUCCUGGCCUGCCUUCCCACCGUUGUGGACCCGUAGUUUACAGUUCUCUGGACCUGUAAGCCAGAACAAACCCUUCCAUGAGGUGUUCCUGGUCAUGGUGUUUCAUCCCACUAACAGAAAGUGCCAGUGCCAGUGGAAGCCAGAAGAAGACAUUGGAUCUCCUGGGCUUGGAGUUGCACAUGGUUGCGAGCCACCAUGUGGAUGUUGGAACUCCAGCCUGAGUCCUGGAAGAACAGUCAGUGAUCCACGAAGUCCAUGGAGAACAGCUGAGCCAUGUCUCCAGCCCCAGUUUUCAAUAAUCUUGAGUAAAGUUUAUUCUUACCCUUCUUCAGAGACCCUUAGGUGGCGUUGCUAGUCUAGGUUACAUAGGAAGGAGUUCUGUUGCACGGGAAGUGUGUCGCUAACAUCACCCACAGCUUCAGCACAUCCCAGAGUUGUACCAGCCACGUGUCCACUAUUCUUGCUAGUUCUUGGUACUGUUAGUUUUCUGUUGCACAUUUAGAAAUGACAGCAGGUGUAGGUGGUAACAUCUCUCUCAAGUUUGGGGUUUGCAUCCUUUAGCCAGCAGUGAUAUUUUGUUUCUCUCUCUCUCAGUUGCUCUUGCUCUCUCUUCUGAAUUUUAAGUUUACCCUUUAGCCUACUUUCUCUAAAAGCAAAUUUCUAAAUUUGUUCUUGGAAGCAAAAAUGUUUAGAGUAAGUCUUACUUUUAGAAGACUAGAACACGAGGAUCAGGGACUGGUGAAAGGGCUGUCAGUGCCAUGUCCAGCUGCGAAGGUGAAAAAAAAGAAGCCCCUGAAAAAGCCCAAGAAGCAGGCCAAGGGGAUGGAUGAGGAGGAUAAGGCUUUCAAGCAGAAACAGAGAGAGGAGCAGAAGAAACUGGAGGAGCCAAAAGCCAAGGCCUUGGGGAAGGGGCCCCUGGCCACAGGUGGAAUUAAGAAAUCUGGCAAAAAGUAAGCUGUUCCUCAUAUCUGAGGUAAGGGUGACCCUCUUCCAUUCCUAUUUAACAGCUGGAUCCCUGCCAUAGCAUCUUUGCCACCUACGCUAGAAUGAAGUGUUAUCCUGGUGCCUAUUGUACAUUGUAAUAAACUUUUGUAAUAAAAUAAAUAAAAAAAAAAAGACCGGAGCACAAGUCUAAUUCAAUAAAUAUUUACUCUGAGGCAGUUAACAUGUUAGGAGAAUGACCACAGGGUACAGUACUUGCUAUACAGGAAUGUAUUAAGGUAUAUUGCACAGUAUACAACCUUUUUGGUCACAGGAAGUUUAAAGGAUGGCAUGACAGGUGUUUAGAAAGGGCGUUUUAAGCAAAAGGACAAACCUGUAAGAGCAAAGCAACAUGAGGUGGGAGGCAGGCUGGUGUCCUUGGUGGAUGGAGAGCACAGAGGGCAGCCGAAGGAAACGGCUCAGUGCUUCUUCAGAUUUGCCUGAAGAACAGUGCGGACUUCGAAGAGGGUUUUUGUUUGUUUGUUUGGGUUUGUUUGUUUUGCUGGAGAGAGACGAGGGGUUGAAGUGGUGAUUCAGGUUGUCAGAUGCCUCCACUACCAUUUUACCGAGACUGUGAGUGGCAGGACGAAUUGGUCUGAGGUAGCUGUGGGCCAGCUAUCUUCUAAUAGACUGUCCAGUGCGACAAACGUGUGUGAAGUUAAGGGUUUAUUAACUUCUGAAUUGUACAGUGCUAUCAUCCUAAAGAACAGCAUGCAAAUGCAUGUUAGCUUUCUAAAUUCAGGAAGCUUUGUAGACGACCAGGAAUUAGAAGUGAAAAUAUUCCGUUUGGGAGCAUAUUGUUGGCCAGCAGUUGGGUCCUGAUGGUUAUUCUGCAGAGGUGGGUGAGUUCACAUGGGUCUUUGUAUCUUGUUGGAGGGAUGUAGUCCAACCAGUUUUGAAUAAUUGGACGUCUUCCCAAGCUCAGCUGUGUCUGAAGAAAAGAGAAGUUUGUUAUUUUUAACAAUAUUUGGUACUUUUAUUUUUUUAUUUCAUUUAAAUUCAGAAGGGAGAUCAUGAAUUUAUAUAACCCUUAUAACCUUUAUCUAUGCAUGGUCCUUGAUUGGAGUAUCAGUCUCAGAAAAGACCCCUGUGCUCAGAUUUUUUUUGUUCUGUUGCUCUCCUUGUGCAGCUCCUGUCCCCUCCAGGUCUUUCUAUCUCCCCCUUCUUUCAUAAGAUUCCCUGCACUCUGCCCAAAGUUUGGCUUUGAGUCUCAGCAUCUCCUUUGAUACAAGCCUUUUUGCUUGUUUGUUUUACCUUGUUGGCAUUUUAUUCCGAUCUUAUUUCCCUAGUGAUAAAAUAGUAUGUGGGAAGGUACUAAGCAAAAUUUAAGCCAUGAGCAGGGAAGUUCUUCACAUCAGAUGGAUCUUACUUCUGCUGUGUCUUCCAGAGACACUGCCAGCACGGCCACACUCGGGCAUCAUCUGGAAAGCCCAGAGGUACCAGUGCUCGGCUCCUCUGUCACAGUCUGAUUCUGUCGGGCUCAGAAACAGGUGAUGUAAAUCACACAUGCUCCCCGGUUGGACCGAACCCAUGUGGACUGCCAGGACCUGGAGGUCUUCUUAAAGUUUUAGGAAGCCAUCUGCUUAAAGGUUCUGUUCUGGAGGUUAAAUGCUAAGGAGAGGAUAUUGCUGCAUUUAGAGUGAUUUCGCUAGGACCCAAACUAAGGUGGAAAGAGAGAACUACCACAAAACUGCCCUCUGACCACAGGCCUCGCCCCCUGGCACACAUAAUGGGAAAAGAAAGAUAAACAAGACGAAACACUGUCCAGGCCUCUAGGCACUUAUCCAGCUGUAUUAUAUAUGUAUAUGUUCAUUAUUUAUGCAAUAAGUAACUGUUUAAAGAAUGUCUACUGCACAUUCAUCUGUGGUGUGCACUUGGGAUAAAUACUAGGUCUACAAAGUAGAUGCUCUGUCUGUGCUGACUAGGGUGUGGUAGAGAGACCCGUCUAAAUACACGUGUGCUGUGGGAGACAUGACAGAAAUGCAAAGGUCACUAGCCCUUCAGUGUGAACUGACCCCACCUCUCCUCACACAGCAUUCUGCUGUAGUUUAUGAACUAUCACUGUUUGGAGUCCGGAUGUUAAUGCCUUGCCUCACAGGUGACUUUGACAAAUUCUAUCCUAUUACUUCCUGUUCUCUAGUUUUACUUGGGGAAUUUUAGGCUGGUCUAAAAUUCAUGUGUUCUGCAAUAACCAUGCAGGGCAGUGACUAUGAAACAAAGAUGUGAAAAGAAAGAAGACAUUAAAACAACUUAAGCAUGUUCUCUUUUAAAAAAGAGUUGUCAGUUCUAAUCAGAACAAUUUGUUUGCUUUACAACUGGCCUACACAUUAGUAUUUAUUAUCAAGGUGUUUAAAAAUCAGCAAAGUUAUGUCUCUUAAGAGUCUGUUUCUAAAGUUACACUUAUGGAGAUUAGAGAAACUAUGGGCUCGUUGUUAAACGGGCUGGUUAAGUUUAUAGGACUUCUCUUUGCACAGAUUCAUUAACCUCUUGCUGUUAAUGGGCAUGACACAGUUUGCUACUGCAAUUUGUAUUUCAUUUUAAAGAAUGAGCAUCCCAACUUAUGGGUGAUAUAUGGGUGAUUUUCUUCUCUAACAUGGUCUAGUCCCAAAACCUUAUUUAGGAGAAGGUCUCUAUAUUUUCAAGAUAUAUUUUCAGUUGAAUAAAUAUUUUAUGACUUUAUAUUUCUGUAAUGCUUAAAAUUGCUUUGGGAUCUUGAAUGGAAAAAUCUAUUUCUUGGUGUGUGAUUGUAUUUGUUGGGAGAAAUGGAGCUGUCAUUUUGAAAUAUUCUACUGGCAAGAAGACCUGUUAAAAUUUAACUUAUUUUGUUCU